AUGAGGCAGUGGAAGUCCCUGGUCCCGGCGCUGCACCUGCAUGCCCCGGCAGCCUCCUGCUUCCCGCACCUGCCGUCGCACCUGCAGGUGGUGCGGCUAGUGAUCUGCGAAGGGAGCAUGCGCGCGUACGCUCCGCCCAUGACGACGCGGGAGCUAAUGCAGGCGCACCCGCGGCACCUGGUGUGCCGUGCCGACGUGCUGCUCAUCGGCGAGAAGAUCCCUGUCGUGGCGGCAGCCGAGGAGCUGCGGCCCGGCGAGGCCUACUUCCUGCUACCCAUGCACUUGUUCCGCUCUGCCCUCUCCUUCGUGCCGCUCGCCUCGUCACUACUGCUGGUGCUGUCGGUGGCGUCCGCUACCGGCAAUGGCAACGACAAGAGGCCCGCCGCCCGACCGUUCGAGCUCCAACACAUGCUGGCGGGCACGCUGCGGCUCUUCUUCCAUGACUGCUUCGUCAACAGUUGCGAUGCCUCGGUGCUGGUCUCACCGCUCUGCUCCUCCGACACACGCCCAACCCUUCCCGGCCGUCCUCCCCAAUCUCCUCUGCUCGGCGGCGCUGCCGCCCCUUAUCUGCCCGACCGCGCCUCCAGGACUCUGCGCCGCCUCACGCCCUAG